GUUCUGAGUAACGCACGAGACGUGAUGUAAAUCGAUGUGUGGGCACGUGUGAGUCACGCUGCGGAAGGUGGCGUGAGGCCACGACUCGAAUCGGUAUACUCCCGCACCCGGGAACCCACCCCUCCCAGGGUCGUUCUGGCCAGUCGUUCGUGUUCCGAGGCGGCUUGCUCCACGUCAACAGAGGUCCUUUUGGAGCGGGGGCCGCCCCGCCGAUGCGCCUUCGCCGCUCCUGCUGGCCUCGCGGUGGAGUGCCCAGGCGUCGGUUGCCGGCGCGGGGGAAAUGUGGCGCACGCUGCUCGCGGCCGCCGUGGGCGCUGCGACGUGCGGGGGCCUACCCCCGGGGCCGAACCUGACGGUCUCGGAGCCCAGGGUCCUCCUGGCGCGCUCCCAGAUGGUGGGCUACCGGGUGGGCUACCCAUGCGGGCAAGAUGUACAUCAUGUCCAUUCCAUCUUGGAGUUUCGGGCUCCCUUCCCCAGACCCCCGAGGCGCAGUGGAUGCACUGCGCCUCGGCCAUCUGGCGCCCCUCCCUAGAAAGUCCAGGGCGCAGUGGAUAGCGAGACAAAUCUUGCCCGCAACCCAGAUGCCGGUCUGGUCGCCAUCAAGGGCAGCUCUGGGUAUCGCUACUGGAUGGACGGCGGGAGCGGGAAGAUCGACGGGAUCCCUGGCAGGCCCUGGAGCUACAUGACCAGCUCGGGAUCUUCUCUGGACGUGGGUGAGCUGGUCACUGGCAACUUCAAUAUUGGGAUAGUUAUCCAUGCCCCGUGUUCGAUGGAUUCGCCUACGAAGGGCCAUGCGUGCGUGAUGACAGCUGGCACGGGGGCAAGGCCUUGAUGUGGGCGGGCAACGUGUACGAGGAUCGGGAGACUGGUGGCAUCCUCAUGUUUAUCCACAUGGAGUUCCACGAUCCGAGGCCAGCUGCUGAGAUGUGCUACUUUCGCUUCGGGCUGGCAUACUCAGACGGCGGCGGCGAGAGCUUCAAGUGGCUCGGCUAUCUGGCCGAGCCCGAGUUGAGCUACGAGCACAGCAUGUUCGGCUCGAAGUAUGGCCGCCCCCGCUGGUUCCCGAACAUGGGCCUCCCGAGCUACGUGGUCAAGGGCGGUCACUUCUACGUGUACUACGGCGACAGCCACGACCUGGACGCCGAUGGCAGAGUGCAGCGCACCGCCGCGGGCGGCGGCGGCAACCCCGACCAGGGAGUCGCGGUGGUGCGGGCCUCCGUCGCCGAGGUCAUGGUCGCGGCGCGCCGGGGCGAGGCCGCGCAGUGGCUCAAGUACUUCAACGGCUCCUUCAGCGAGCCCGCCAUGGGGGGCGGCAGGUUCACGCCGCUGGACCUGUCGCCGCAGGGGUACAUGCACGGGGACGCCGCGUGGUGCGAACCGCUGGGGCAGUGGGUCAUGGUGCAGCAGUCCGGCGGGAGGAUCCGGGAGGUCGGAGCGUGGAGGAAGAGCAUCUUGUUGUCGUUCUCCUCCGAUGCGCUCCACUGGACCGAGUGGCAGCCGAUAUACACGGUCGACUCUGGGGAGGUGGUGUACCCGAGCCUCAUGAGCUUGGACGGGCCCAACAACGAGGUCCUCGGCCGGACUUUCUCGGUGGUCUUCCAGCACCGCGCCGGCGACAGCGCUGCCCCACCUUUCCAGUUCGACGCGGUGAACGUGACCGUCUCCCUCAGCGCGGCCAGUCGGCCAGAGGCGCGCGCGGUGGUCGUGUGAUCGACCUUGUAAGAGUGAUCUUUCGCCAGAGAGGCCUUCUGGUGCGGUAUCGCUGAGCGCGAAGCGGUGGCAGCGGGUUACGCGCCCAGGUUUGGCCACCUCGCGUCCCCCGUUCAGCCGCCAGAGCUGCCCCGCUGUUCCGGUACGACGCGGUGAACGUGAGUCUUUUCCCCGGCGCGGCCAGUCGGCCGGAGGCGCGCGCGGUGGUCGUGAGCCCAGAGAUAUCCCCAGACGCACGUUCUCGGGGGGGGGUCUGUCCAUCCCCGCUGUUUGCUCUCCCGGCGCGGGGGCCCCGCCGACGGCGCCGAGCGCGGCGCCGCCGCGCCGCGGCCGCACAAGGCGGAGGCCGACGGCGGCGCUCGGGCAGAGCGGCGCGCGGCGGCGGCAGGCGCUCCGGCAGAGCGGC